GUAUGCACUCAACUCCAGCACAGAUCUGUUUCAGCAAGGCAGAGUAAAGAGCACAGCCAGACAGUGAAAAAAAAGGGGUUCAAAUGAAGGGAGAAAAGUUCAGAUAGACAACAAAAGUGGGCCAAGAGAAAAAGCCACAGCUGGAAGAAACUUUCAAAGCAGGGAGAUAAGUAAGGGUGAGAGACAGGCUGAGAGAGAAGAGAUAUAUUCAGUUCUAAAAAAAAAAAUGGGCUCCCUGGUGAGCAGUGCUGCUGCGUUUCUCUUGACUUCCCUGUUGGCCUCGCUCUUUGGACUUUCUUCGGUCCUGGGUCAGGAUUUAAGGGAGAGGGAUGCAUUAUGCAAUGCGGAUGGAUGCUUCGUGGUCUAUUUCCAACGCAAGACCUUCCUGGACUCAUGGAGGGCCUGCAAGGACAAAGGUGGCAACCUAGCUACCAUUAAACGCAGGGAGGAUGCCGCCACUAUUGCCACUCUCUUCUCCACUCUGGACUUGCGCCACUCACGCACCAGCGUCAGGGUAUGGAUUGGAUUGCAGCGCCAACCUCGCCAGUGUACCACUACACGCCCAUUGCGGGGCUUCUCUUGGACUACCGGUGACCAGGACACAGAGUAUACCAACUGGCAGAAAGAGGACUCCCCUAGUAUGUGUUUGGUGCCACGCUGUGUGGUUAUGGACUACAGCACUCAGGAGCAGAAUGAUAACUUCAAAUGGCUGGAUGGUUCUUGCUCAGUCUCUGUAGAUGGGUAUCUUUGUCAUUAUGCCUACAAAGGAAUGUGUCCAGCCUUGUGGAGUGAAGGGGCAGGCAAUGCCCUCUACACUACACCAUUUAACCUUCUAAGCACACUGCUGACCCAUUUACCCUUUGGAUCUGUUGCUACCGUUCCCUGCCCCGCAGGCACCAAGGAGGAACAGUCCGUUUUGUGUAUGCUGAAGGACGAUGGCUCAGUUGGGUGGUCAAGAGAUUCCCCCCUCUGCUCCGAUCCCCCUAUGUCACACGACUGGUGUGACCAGGAUAAUGGCGGAUGUGAGCAUUUUUGCAGGCCGGCCGGUGCUCACGUCUACUGUGAGUGUGCCGAUGGGUAUCAACUAGGAGACAAUGGGAAGAACUGUGAGUUGUCUGAUGUUUGUCAAGGGGCCCCCUGCGAGUUUGAGUGCCUGCCCCUCUCAGAUGGGUACCGUUGUGCCUGCCCUGAAGGAUACAUGCUUGCACCAGAUGAUAGUGGCUGUCUCGAUGUAGACGAGUGCCUCCAGAGUCCUUGUGAGCAGCUUUGUGUGAAUGCUCCGGGGACAUUUGAAUGUCGAUGUCGGGAGGGUUACCAUACGGACGAUGAUGGUGGGUGUGAGGAUAUAGAUGAGUGUGUAAAUGACCCAUGUGAACACGCCUGUGAGAACACUCAAGGCUCUCAUAUCUGCCACUGCCAUCUGGGUUUUUCCCCAGUGCCUGAGGACCCCAGGAGAUGCCAAGACACCGACGAGUGCCAGAUCCCCGGGACCUGUGAGAAGAUGUGUGUGAAUUAUGAUGGUGGAUUUGAGUGCUACUGUGAGGAGGGCUAUGAACUCAUGUCUGAUCACUAUUCAUGUCGCAAGAGAGGGGAAAGAGAUGACCAAUCUGCUGUCACCCCUCCUUUUGCUUGGGUCACUCACCAGCCUGGAUCUGUUUGGGACCCUGUUGACUAUGCCUGGAACCCACAGCAGAGCCACACUGACUGGCCUACAGAGGAGGAGCAUUCUCUGGACUGGCUGACUGACCCACCUAGAGUUUUAGAUUCUGAUGUAAUUUGGGUCACCAGUGCCCCUCAGGAGGAGGAUUUAGCACUGGACCCUCUGACACAGGAGGCUGAGGUAGACGAGGAAAACAUAGACAAUGGAGGAGCUGACUGGUUGGAGUGGGGGCAGAGAUCUGAGUCUGAGCUGGAAGUUUUACCCACCACCAUCUACACCACGCCUCCAUCCACAAUCAUCUCCAGCACUACCCCAGACUGGUACGAUGACGAUGAUGAUGAGGAGACCACCACAGCUCUUCCCUUUCUUUCCACUUCGACAAUCUCUGAGGGAGCUUGGAAUUGGUGGGCGGGAUUCACCACUUCCAGCCGGAAACCAGGAAAUCCAGAGGAUUCAGUUGUAGAACUCAGCAUGCCUACAGAUUCCAGCUAUCCCAACGAAGCAGAACAAGAAGAGUACCCCCUUAGGGAGACCUCUCAGUUCCCAGAGGAGGAGUUAGGGGAGGAAGAAAAGGACUUUGUGGAUGUCACACAACAAGAACCAGCUGUUCCCACACAGCCUACUCCUUCCCAGCCAUCCCCGAGCGAGGGUGAAGAGAGCGGGGAUGACAGGGGGCAGAAGCAGAGCAGCACUUGGCUCAUGGUGGGCCUCCUUGUGCCCAUCUGCAUCUUCAUCGUAGUAAUGGUGGCGCUUGGCAUUGUCUACUGCACUCGCUGUGCUGUUCAUUCACGCAACAAGAAUGCCACUGACUGCUACCACUGGAUCUCUGGGGCUCAUGAUAAACAGGGAGCUCCUAACCCCUCAGCGGGGGUCAAGACCCAUGUUUAAACAGAGGAGAGAAGCUGACAUUUACAUAAACAGUCUCUGCUGCAGAGGUAAGCAGGAGUGAAUAAUGGACCUGGUAAGGGGCAAGCUAAAUGUUUCCCCCUCUCUGAUGUCAAACUACCCACUAUUUGAACACAUGUGGAGACUGUUAAAUAUCAAUUGAUAGAAGGGACAUUGAUAACCACUGACCUCUUUUGAUAUGGGGUUGCUAUGCGGUACAAACUGCUUUGAUAUUUCAUUCACUGACCACACAACACAAGAUCUGAUUGCUUCAUCAUUGCACUAUGCUACAUCAUUAUGAAAUAUUAGUGUCUUCAUUAGUUAUGUAAAAAAAAGUCUGCUAAUAUUAGAGAGUAAUGUGUGUAGUCAUUUAUUCCUUUCAACUUUUCACAACUGCAGCCAGAUCCUGCAAAGAGCCUUGAAAAUCUAUGUACUGAUGGCAAAAACAUUCUGCUUUAUUGAGUUAGCAAAACUUAACUAUGAGGUUUCAUCCAUGCAAAAUCCUCAGGCUCAGUCUAUUUCAAUAGCAUAUCACUGUAGAUAACUGUUACUGUCAACUGUGUCAAAGGGAUCUAGAUGCAUUGUUAGCUCACAUCAGCAGUGGGUGAAGGAAGAUUGUAAGCAAAUAUUCCCUCAAGAGUAAAGACAUCCUGCAGUCACACGAUAGUGCUGGAAAAGCAGUCACUGUGUUGAAUGUUUGAUAAGAGACCUAAACCUUAUUUGUAUAUAGUGGUUCUUUUGUAUUUAUGUUUGUUUCAUACUUGUCACCAGACGUUUUAUUAAGAAAAGUUAACAAUUGUAAUAAUUCCAUGACAUACAUUUUUUUUUCAUGGACCCCAUAAAACUGGUGAUAUGGAAUGUUUGUCUGCAUAUGGGAGAGUUUUUCCCCACUCAUGUCCUGUUUAAGAACACUUCUCUUCCUUUUCCUUUUUUUUUAAAGAGGUGAAAGAGCAGAUGUUCUAACUGCACAGGGAAUGUUGUAAGGGCUGGUGGUUGACAUUAGCCUUGGCCUUGCUCAUGACAUGGCCAUCAGUCACCCUUCGUAACCGUGAUUGAUUAGUACAGCCUCGAGGUUUUGUCUUAAACCAGCCCUAAAAGGUUUUAAGGCCGUGUUGGAUCACAUCCAGCUGUGUGACACUGCAGUCACACCUUGCAGUUGCUGGUGCAACUUCAGAUAUUUUACAAUUUAAAAUGACAAUCAUAUCUCAGAUCUCAGAUUCCAAAAUUAUAAAUAACAUGAAGGAAGACAGCGACAUUGAAUUAUUUGAUGAAUUGCUCAUUGGAUAUUAGUGUAUGAAUAUUAUAGAGCAAAGAAAAAACAAAUGAAGAAUGCAAGGCACUUGCCAGUUAAAUCACCUUUAAUUAAAUUAAUGAAUGGCUAUUUAAUGCCCAGUGAAACAAAGUGUCAUUUCAAAAUUGACACAAGAAAAAUCUGUCUUUGUUUUAUUGAUAGACUGUGAAAUAUGAGAAACAUCUGAUGUCUUUUUUCUGUUAAAUGUUAAGAAAUUGUGAAUUAAAAACUAU